AUGUCAUUCAGUUUAUCUGUUGCCGGAAAGGCUCCAAAUGUUCCUUAUCCUGUAUUAAUUGCAGUUCAAUUUAUCAACUCAAGUGAUGUUGAUGUGUCGAUCCCAAUUGAAUUUGUUGAUGACAAAACCGUUGAUUCUAAGGAAUCGAUCAAAUUGGUUACACCAGGUGGAGAAACUUUUAUUGAUCAGUUAGAUGCUUUGGAUUAUUUGUCACAAACUUUACCUGAAUUGUUACCGGAAAGAAGCAAAUCCCAGGAAUGGAUCAAAUUUGCCUUGACCAAAUUGUAUGUCAAGAAUUUCAAAGAAUUGGCAGUUGAUUUGGAAAAACUUGAUCAUCACUUGAACUUCCGUUCAUUUAUUGUUGGCUACCAAUACUCGUUAGCCGAUAUUGCCAUUUGGGGUGUUUUGAGAGCCAAUGCGUUGAUGGGCUCGGUUAUCAAAAAUGGUGUUUACGCUAAUAUUUCCAGAUGGUACAAUUUGUUGGCCGAUGACAAAAGAUUUGAAGGUUCUGUUGAGUUAAUGACUAAAUCAUUGGCAGAAUUGAGAAAAGCUGCUAAAUCGGCCAAGACUGCUGCUGCCGGUGGUAAGAAGGAAGCCCACAAGGCCAGUUUUGAAAUUGACUUGCCCGGGGCUGAAAUGGGUAAAGUUGUCACUCGUUUCCCACCAGAACCAUCUGGUUAUUUGCAUAUUGGUCAUGCCAAAGCUGCCGUUUUGAAUGAAUAUUUUGCCCAUAAAUUCAACGGUAAGUUAAUUAUCAGAUUUGACGAUACCAACCCAACUAAGGAAAAAGUUGAGUUCCAAGAUUCUAUUAUUGAAGAUUUAGAAUUGUUGGGUAUUAAAGGUGACCAAGUGACUUACUCUUCAGACUAUUUCCAAACCAUGUACGACUUGGCUGUUAAGAUGAUCAAAGACGGUAAUGCUUAUUGUGACGACACUCCAGUUGACACCAUGAGAGAACAAAGAAUGGUGGGUGAUGCAUCAGCAAGAAGAGAAAGGUCUGUUGAAGAAAACUUGAGAAUUUUCACUGAGGAAAUGAAGAAUGGGACUGAAGAAGGGUUGAAAAAUUGUUUGAGGGCCAAGAUUGAUUACAAGGCUCCAAACAAGGCGUUGAGGGAUCCGGUUAUUUACAGAUGUAACUUGACACCUCAUCACAGAACUGGCACUGAAUGGAAGAUGUACCCAAUUUAUGAUUUCUGUGUUCCUGUUGUUGAUUCGAUUGAAGGGGUCACCCAUGCCUUGAGAACCAACGAAUACAGAGACCGUAAUCCGCAAUAUGAAUGGAUGCAAAAAGCUUUGGGUUUGCGUCCAGUUGCUAUUUGGGAUUUCGGAAGAGUUAACUUUGUUAGGACUUUGUUGUCAAAGAGAAAGUUGCAAUGGUUUGUUGACAAGAAUUACGUUUCCAACUGGGAUGAUCCAAGAUUCCCAACUGUUAGAGGGGUUAGAAGAAGAGGUAUGACAGUUGAAGGGUUGAGAAAUUUCAUUAUUUCACAAGGUCCUUCAAGGAACAUUAUUAACUUGGAGUGGUCAGUUAUUUGGGCCAUGAACAAAAAGAUCAUUGAUCCUGUUGCGCCAAGAUUCACUGCUGUUGAUGCCAAGAACGUUGUACCAGUGAGAUUAUUAAACGGGCCAAAAGAACCAUACACUGAAUCGAAACCUAAACAUAAAAAGAACCCCGAGGUUGGUAACAAGGAUGUUAUUUUUGCUGCUCAAGUUUUGAUUGACCAAGAAGAUGCUGAUUUGAGUGAAGGUGAAGAAGUUACUUUUAUGGACUGGGGUAAUAUUAUUGUUUCCAAAGUCAACAAAGAAGGUGAUGUUGUUAAAUCAGUUGAAGCCAAUUUACAUUUGGAAGGUGAUUUCCGUAAGACUUCUAAGAAGAUUACUUGGUUGGCUGAUACCAAAGAUAAAGUUGAAAUUGAUAUGGUUGAUUUCGAUCAUUUGAUUACUAAAGACAAGUUAGAUGAAAAUGACAAUUUUGAAGAUUUCAUUACUCCGGAAACUGAAUUCCACACUAAAGGGUUUGCUGAUUUGAAUGUUGGAAAAUUGAAGGCUGGUGAUAUUAUUCAAUUUGAAAGAAAAGGUUACUUUAGAGUAGAUAAGCCAUAUGAUGGUAAACCGGCUGUGUUGUUUACUAUUCCAGAUGGUAAAGCGGUUUCUAGAUACGGUGCCAAAAAAUAG